AUGCCCUUUGGUCUCACAAACGCCCCUGCAGCUUUUCAACACUUUAUGAAUGAUCUGUUCAGGGACCUGAUCGACGUCACUGUGGUUAUAUAUCUGGAUGAUAUACUGAUCUUCUCAGAAAACCCUGAGGACCACCCAACCCACGUCAGGGAGGUCUUAUCACGGCUAAUGAAAAAUCAGUUAUUCUGCAAACUUUCUAAGUGCCACUUCCAUGUAACAACAGUAGACUACCUUGGUAUCGUCAUUUCUCCAGCUGGGUUCUCAAUGGACCAGAAGAAGAUCGAGGCCGUCACUUCCUGGCCCACGCCCAAAACAGUUAAGCAAGUCCAAGCCUUCCUAGGGAAACCCCCUGGUCAUGGGGUAACCGGGGAAGAAGCGUUCCAGGAAUUGAAGUCCCUUGUUACCCAAUCGCCCGUCCUCAUUCAUUCCAACCCAGACCUGCCCUAUUACCUAGAAACAGACGCAUCAGGGGUAGCUAUGGGAGCCAUACUGAGUCAACGAGGGGAGGACAACCGGCUUCACCCGAUUGCAUAUAUGUCCAAGUCCUUCUCAGGCGCUGAAGCUAAUUAUGAUACGCAUGACAAGGAACUUCUAGCUAUCAUUAAGGCACUAGAAGAAUGGCGCAUUUUCCUGGAAGCAACGGAUAGACCAAUACAAGUCUUCACGGAUCAUAGGAACCUGGAAUAUUGGAUGCAGGCUCAAACCUUCAACCGCAGGCACGCACGAUGGCGCAUUUUCCUGAGUGACUUCAACUUUGAGAUACAUUAUCGGCCAGGAAAGCAGUCAGGGAAACCAGACGCGUUAUCUAGAAGGUCCGAUUACGUAGAUACACCUGCAGAUCCAGAAGUCAUGUUACCAGCGGAAGUAUUUGCCAACACGUCGGAAGAGGAACUUGAAAUUGUCACGGAAAUCCGCACUAAACUCAGGGAUGAUCCAUCACUAGAACCCAUCAUCACAUUCCUGACAGAGGACGCAGACGACGCACCCCCAUCCAUCCAAAAAGCCUAUAGGGACUACGAUUGGGAAGAGGAUCUCCUAUGGUACCGCGGAAAACUAGUGGUCCCGGACUCAGAACCCCUGAAGGAACGAUUGUUAAGGGAAUUCCACGACUCCCCCCUGGCAGGACACCCCGGGCAACAAAGAACCCUAGAACUCUUGAGCCGCAACUACUGGUGGCCAGGAAUGAAGUCAUCUGCUAAGGAAUGGGUAGAAUGCUGUCCUACCUGCCAAGCCAACCGUCGCGCACACGCCCCCGUCAUUUCCCUGAAACCCUUAGAAGUCCCGCCGUUCCCUUUUCACACAAUAUCCUAUGACUUCAUCACGGGAUUCCCUAAGUCUAACGGGUACGAUGCAAUUCUAGUUGUGAUUGACUCCUUCUCCAAGUUUGGCCACUUCAUCCCAACCACAAAAAAGGUCACAGCCAAAGGCCUAGCGGAACUGUUCAUCACCCACGUGUGGAAGUUACACGGACUACCAGUCAAGACAGUUUCGGACCACGGAACCACAUUCACAGGGAAAUUCCUAAGGGCACUGUACCAACGCCUUGGGAUCAACCCGGCCUUCUCCUCAGCCUACCACCCGGAAUCGGACGGCCAAACAGAAAGGCAUUCCUCCACCGGAAGAACCCCUUUUGAAUUGGUUUACGGAAGAAAUCCGGUCAUGAAUCCGUCCAAUAUCCCUGCCAACGUCCCGGAAGCUGAUCAAGUAGCCAGUAUACUAGCACAAGAAUGGCAAGAGGCGGAGUCAGCACUCAGGAUGACCAAAGAACGCAUGAUAGGCACAAAAGGAGUGGUACCAGAAUACUCAGUAGUAGGCAAGAAGGUCUGGCUGGACGGGAAAAACGUAGAACUUAGAACAAACUCCAACAAGCUGGACCCCAAACGGCUAGGACCAUUUGAAGUUGUUGAAAAGAUCUCCAGCCACGCGUACCGCCUCAAACUACCGAUUACUCUAAAAAUUCAUGACGUAUUCUAUGUAGGAUUACUAUCCAAGGCGCAUGAAUCCCCAAGUCAGCCUUUUCCGGACCGUCCUCCCCCUGAAACAAUAAAAGGAGAGGAGGAAUAUGAGGUGGAACAGAUCAUAGAUUCCAAGAGGCAACGGGGAAAGUGGUUUUAUCUGAUCAAAUGGAAAGGGUACGGACCAGAAGACAACUCCUGGGAACCAGAGGAGCUGCUGGAGCACAGUCAAGAAGAAAUCCAUCGCUUCAAUAGAUCACGACUGAAAAAGGCUUGCACUAUUUUCCCCACACCGUUUCCACCAUUCCCUCCACACGCUCUGGAGUCCCACAUCCAUAUUCCCGUCCCUCUAGCCGCUCCUCUCGACGUUCCAUUCCAACCCAUUCCCAACCACCCUCUCGCAGCACAUCUCCCACUCCGCGAGACUUGCCAAGGAUGGAACCAGAGCCGUCCAUUGCCGCUCUCUCUCGAGGCUGUCACAGCCCUCACAGCCACAGUCGGGUCCCUCCAGGACCAAAUUCGAUCACAAGGCCAACAGCUCACUGAGCUUAAAGCCAUAUGCAAGGAGACCGCCGACCUACUCGGCGACAAGGACCAAGGAACCCAAGCUCAGCCUGGCCCAUCGGCUGGGCCUGUCACUCCCCCCACUCAUACAGGGGGAGAAGCGCACACUCCAGGAACGGUUAGGCCUGGACUCAAGGCCCCCUUCCGCCCAUCAAGAGGAACGGGCUUUGACUCAGAAGAGGAGGAAGAACCCAGGCGAGCCCCCAAAAAAGAGCCUCGCGACACGCCUAAGCGGAGCCUCAGCUCCCUCACCCCCUUCGACUCAGGGUCCAGCAUAAAGCGGCCCAAAAUGGAGCUCCCAGACCCAUAUAAGGGAGACUCUAGGGGACGAAAGGCAACCCAGUGGCUGGAUCGCAUGCUGCUGUGGGUCGCACUUCAUUGA